AAUAGACCAACCGCAGCGGACUGCAGGCUGCCUGUCAGUGUAGGCUCACUCUAUGUUCGUGUGUCUCUAUGUGCGCCGACCCGAACCUUUCACCGGGUCAAACAGCCAUCACCGUUUACAGGAAGCAGUAGAGAGAAGAGAGACGGGCCGACAUUGUUGUUGUUGUCACCUGCGGUGUCUCUAGACUGUCUGACAGUCUGGUCAGCGGACCAGUGGAGUGUUUUCUCGGUGUAGGUUCAAGUCUCUUCACCGGCGGAUGAAUGGCAAUGACGGCAGUGAGAGCGAUGGCAGCGGGGAGCCCGGCGUCUUUGUCCCGGUUUAGGGGAGCGCUGGUGGCGGGUGUGCUGGGAGACUGUAUCGGCGGAGAGUUUGAAGGAGCGGAGGAGGUUCCCAUGGAGAGUGUGCUGCAGCACCUGAACAGCCUGGACGAUGAGAGCAAAGGAAACGGUAUCCUUGAGUACAGUGACGACACAGCAAUGGCACGUUGUGUGGUUCAGUCUUUACUCACUCGUGCCGGCUUCGAUGAGCAGGACAUGGCUCGCAGAUUUGCAAAAGAGUACAGUGCAUCUCCAGGUCGCGGUUAUGGUUCUGGAGUGAUCCAGGUGUUGAAGAAGCUGUCCUCCCCCCAGCUAAGUGAUGUGUACCAGCCGGCAAGGGACCAGUUUAACGGCCGAGGCUCCUUUGGGAACGGAGGGGCCAUGAGGGCGGCCCCCUUUGCACUGGCUUUCCCUGAAAUGGCUGAUGUUAGACGGUUUUCCCGUCUGGGUGCCAUGCUGACCCACUCCUGCUCUCUGGGUUAUAACGGGGCUGUGCUGCAGGCGUUGGCUGUACACCUCUCGCUGCAGGGGGCGCUGAACCUGCCUCAGCAGUUCAUCAGCAGGCUAAUCACAGAGAUGGAGGAAGUGGAGGACAACGAGGCGACCCGCAGCGAUGCCAGAAUUCUUAAAGAAGCAGAGAAGCCGUUCUGUGAGCGCCUCCACAGAGUUAGAGACCUGAUGGACAGGAGCAAGGUCAGCAUAGAGGAGGUCAUAUCUGAACUGGGUAACGGUAUUGCGGCUCUCCACUCAGUCCCCACUGCCAUCUUCUGCGUCCUCCACUGCCUGCAGCCACGGGAAUGCCUUCCAGAGAAGUAUGGCGGCCUGGAGAGGACAAUAGCGUACAGUCUGGCCCUGGGAGGAGACACGGACACCAUAGCCUGCAUGGCGGGGGCCAUCGCCGGGGCCCACUAUGGCAUCGAGGCUGUUCCUCAGUUGUGGAUAAAGUGCUGCGAGGGAGCGGAGGACGCGGACAUGAACGCAGAGCGGCUUCACAUGCUGUACCACCAGUCAUCACCAGGAGGUGGGAGCGGGACGGGGGAGCAGAGCUGUGGAAACGCAUCUGAAAGCCAGUCAAACGCUUCUAACGGCACAGAGAGGAAAACUGGAGCUGAGUGAUUCUUCAGCUGGAACUGUACAAAAGGACUCCUAGACACACACACAUAAAAAGAAUACAUCUCUGUUUUUGGACGGUUGGUUGGUUAACUUGAAACCUGUGAUUACGGACGACAUUAUCAAUAUCGCAGCAUUAUUUCACUUGUCAAACUGCCUAAUUGGAUGAGCAGGUUUUGAGAAUCACAAACUUGCAAGAUUACAUUUAAAAAGAAAAAA